AUGGCUCGCAGUGUCGGAAACGGUGAAAAACGAUAUCGGUCGAUGCAAGAACACAUCAGGCGCGCCCACCCCGACUACUACAUUCCCAAGUUGCCGGCCACGGAGGAGAGUUUCCAGUUGAUGAUCAGCACUCCUCCGUCGCAACGCCCACAACAACCAACCGCGGCACCGGCUCCCGCUCGAAAAGGCCUUUACAAUCAAACAGCGGAUGCCAGUGAACAGGCUCCAUUACUGGAACAAGUUGGAGCAGUCACCGGCCCUCCAUCAGGUACUGCGAAUGCCGCGGUCGCCCUGGCUCAACUUCACAAUUGGGAUUCAGAAUUUGAUGUGUUCCCCGAGUCCGACUACAAACGUGAAGGGUCGGGCGGCUUUGAACUGCCCUCUCUACGUGCGCAGUUCAGCGAAGACACGCUCCCCCCGUUCCAAACGUCUCGCACGCGCGAGUUGUUACCUUCUAUUUUACAAUCGCCGGGCAGUCGGUAUUCGUCGUUGCCACCCCUUCAGCGACGCGAUAAGAUGCAGCGUUCGAAAAAAUCGUCCAUGGGACAAAACGCACGCAAGGGCAAACACGAGCGCGGAAAGUCGAGGGAGUUCUCAGCCAAGGACUUCACGAGGCGACUAAGCGUCGAAGGCCGAAAGGCCAUGUCUGCCGAACCGCCUACGGCGGCUUGGGUGCAAGGCAAGAGAUGGGAAGAUCUGAUCGAAGCGGCGACGACUGCUACCGAGGUGGAUGAUGAUCGUGAUCUCACUCCCAUGCCGCAGUCGCCAAACUUUCCGCCGUCCCAGGGCUCGACAGCGAUGGCGAUGCACGCGCAGACGGCGGCGGCGCGCAGAUUGUCCGCCGCGGACACGCCAGGUGGUGGUGAUGGUGCAUACAAGCGAUCAUCCCUGCCGCCGGGGUUCCGACCACUCGGCCACCAUCUGCAGCACGGCUCAGCUGGCAAGUACUCGUACAAUGCCUCUCCGCUGCAGCGAGCACUGACACCCCCUCCUCCUGACGUGCUGGGAGCCAAUGACUCUGAGCCUUUUCCCUCGGUCGAGACGGUGGAGAGCGCGGGAUCGGGAGCGAACUUUCACAUUUCUGCAUCGGGGCUGCCCACGUCGAACGACACGAGUCCGCUGCAGCACUACUCAGAGGCACACCCCUACCGGCACUCGCAGUCGUCCUCGUUUGGCAGCAAAUCGGAAGUGCUGGAGAUCUACUGCGCGUCGUGCGGCCGGCCCUGGCUGCUCAAGAAUUCCUUUGCCUGCACCGAGUGUAUCUGUGGCGUCUGCAGCGACUGUGUUGGACAGAUCAUCAGCAGCCCAGUGAUGGCUGUCCAACCAGGACUCGCGCCGAUGCGUCGCGGUUGCCCCCGCUGCGGAGUCAUGGGCGGGAAAUGGAAGCGAUUUCAACUGGAUUUUCGAUAG